GGCCAGGCUGACUCAGACUCAACACCCCCUGCAGGAGGGGCCGGUUUCCCGGAGCGGGCGGGUCAGGUAGACAGGUCGGUCCUGAGAGCAGGGCUGGAGGCCCAGAGACACCACCUGCGGGGGCCUGAGACUCUUCCAGACCCAUAAGGCCCUGCACUGGCCCAGGACAAUGGCCUUGCAGGCUGCUCUAGCUCCCCUGGGGUCCCGUGGGACCCCCACCCUCGGCAGCCUCCCGCUCCUGCUUCUCAGCCUCGGGUGGAUGCUACCUUCCAGGGUCCAGGCUGCAGACUCAAGACCAGGUGUCAUGACCCCCUGGCUGCGAGGCACCCCCUGGGACCUGUCUUGGCAGCGGCCUGAGCUGGCCGCCAUCCUUCCGAGGGGCCGGCGGGACACCGAGAAGAAGGGCUGCCCCCCGGAGCGCAGGGCCCGCGUGGUGGAUGAAAACCUUGUCUUCUACGAGCCCUGGGAGCUGGCGGCCUGUGUGGACGGGGCGCUGCUGGCCGCUCACAUGGACCGUGUGAACACGCUGCCCUUCACCUACCAGCAGCUGGAAGUUUUUAAGCGCAAAUUGGACCAGCUCUAUCCACAGGGGUACCCCGAGUCCCUGGUCCAGCACCUCGGGUACUUCUUCCGUGAGCUCACCCCCAAGGACAUCCACAAGUGGAACGUGACAUCCCUGGAAACCGUGAAGUCUCUUCUUAAAGUCAGCAGAGGGCAGGAAAUGGAUGCACAGGUGGCUGCCCUGAUUGCUCGCUACCUGGCGGGAGGGGGUGAGCUGGACAAGGCCACCGUGGACGCCCUGGCGGCCUUCCAUCCGACAUACCUGUGCCUCCUCAGUCCUGAGCAGCUGGGCGCGGUGCAGCUCAGUGUUGUCCGGGCGGCCAGGCCCCCUGACCUGGAUGCGUGCGGCCCGGUGCAGAUGGACGUUCUCUACCCCAAGGCCCGAGUUGCCUUCCAGAACAUGAGCGGGUCUGAAUACUUCGAGAAGAUCAAGCCCUACCUGGGUGGGGCCCCCACGGAAGACCUGCGGGCCCUCAGUCGUCAGAACGUAAGCAUGGACUUGGCCACAUUCAGGACGCUUCGGCCCGAGGCAGUGCUGCCGCUGACCAUUGCCGAGGUGCAAAACCUUCUGGGUCCAAACCUGGCGGGCCUGAAGGCGGCGCAGGAGAGCAGCCCCGGGAGGGAUUGGAUCUCGCGGCAGCGCCAGGAUGACCUGGACAGUCUGGGCCUGGGGCUCCAGGGUGGCAUCCCUAAUGGCUACCUGGUCGUGGACCCCAGCUUCCGAGAGGCCCUCUCAGGGGGCGCCCGCCUGCUCGGACCCGGACCUGUGCUCACUGCGGUCCCGACUGUGCUGUGGACUCUAGUCCCGAACUGAGCCCGCUGCUCUGGAUGCCGGACCUGCCCUGCUGUGAGGCCCCGCCUGGCCAGCGUGGCCGCUUGCUCCCUGGCCCACCCCAAGGGGCCUGGGGCUCAAUAAAAGGACGCUUUCCUUCCCUGCA